GGUCACUUGCAAGUUGCAAAUACAAAGGAACAACAUGGACUAUAAGUUCUAGCGCUGACCGCCACCGCUACCGCCACCGCCGCUCCCACCGAGUACGCCGUCGUCGUUUUGGCCAUCAGAAAACUCUCUGAGUAAAAAUGGCGUCGUCAAUGACGUUUUCGUCUCCGAAACCGGCGUCGUUUUGUUCAUCUUCCUCAUCGUCUUCCUCAAAUUGCGCGUAUUAUUCUUCUCGUUUAUCAUGCCGAGUGUAUGUACCUAACGGUCCCCGCUCUCGUCACACCGUUAGAUGUGAUUUAGGUGAGCACGUAAACGUGAACGGGAAGCCACCGAUUACUAGUAGAACAAGUAGUGAUAGUAGCAGCAGUCCAAUAAUUACAUUCCCUAAGUUUUUGGAAUCUGCACUGCAAAAUUCUGCCAACAGCAAAACCAGCUCCAGGCUCAAAUUAUUCUCCGGUUCUUCCAAUCCUUCUCUUUCCAAGGAAGUAGCUCGGUAUUUGGGCCUGGAACCUGGAAAGAUCAACAUUAAACGAUUCGCAGAUGGUGAAAUUUAUGUGCAAUUGCAAGAAAGUGUUAGAGGAUGUGAUGUAUAUCUAUUGCAGGCCACCUGCCCUCCGGCAAAUGAGAAUCUUAUGGAGCUUUUGGUCAUGAUUGAUGCUUGUAGGAGAGCGUCUGCUAAGACUAUCACUGCGGUGAUUCCCUAUUUUGGAUAUGGAAGAGCUGAUAGAAAGACUGAAGGCCGUGAAUCCAUUGCUGCCAAACUUGUUGCAAACCUGAUUACUGAAGCAGGUGCAAACCGUGUGCUUGCUUGUGAUAUUCAUUCUGGGCAGUCUAUGGGUUACUUUGAUAUUCCUUUUGACCAUGUAUAUUGUGAGCCUGUGAUUCUUGAUUAUCUUGCAAGCAAGACUGUUCAUUCUAAUGAUCUAGUAGUGGUUUCACCCGACGUUGGUGGAGUUGCAAGAGCACGAGCUUUUGCCAAAAAGUUGUCUGAUGCCCCUUUAGCUAUUGUGGAUAAAAGGCGUCAUGGGCACAAUGUUGCUGAGGUGAUGAACCUUAUUGGUGAUGUUAAAGGAAAGGUUGCAGUCAUGGUGGAUGACAUGAUUGACACUGCAGGAACUAUUGCAAAAGGAGCAGAACUUUUACAGCAAGAAGGGGCUAGGGAAGUCUAUGCAUGCUGCACUCAUGCUGUUUUCAGCCCUCCUGCUAUCGAGAGGUUGUCGAGCGGACUAUUUCAAGAAGUGAUCGUUACUAACACAAUUCCAAUGGCCGAGAAGAACUAUUUCCCUCAGUUAACAGUUCUUUCGAUAGCUAACUUAUUGGGUGAGACAAUUUGGCGUGUGCAUGAUGAUUGUUCCGUAAGUAGCAUUUUCCAGUGACAGCCUAAGGAUUUUGUUUUAUUUCGGAGUAACUCGACUCGACUAAGCUCAAGUCCUAACAUGGCGGAGCUGUUUUCUCCAUUCAGCGAUGGUUAUAGUCAAAUUUAUGAUGAUUUCUUUUAAUUUUAACCAUUAAAUCUGUUGUGGUUCCAUUUUAUUUAUUUAUCAGUAACACCGAGAAGGCGGUGAAGGCAGGGUAGACUAAAAGUUUCAAACUGUGAACUGAAGAGGAAAUCAGUUACAUUUAUAGGUGUUAUGAUCCAGAAUAUUCAAAUUCAAAUCGAUUGAUUCACUUGGUAGUUA